AUGUGGGAGGUGAAUCCGGCAAUGUUUCACAGAGCAGAAGAAGAAUUCUGCUCAAAGAUGAGCGACAAUACAAUGAAUGAGAUGGACACAUCAGAUACUCAAUGGGGCUGGUUUUAUUUGGCAGAAUGUGGGAAGUGGCAUAUGUUUCAGCCGGACACCAACAUUCAGUGUUCAGUUAGCAGUGAAGAUAUUGAAAGAAGCUUCAAAGAAAACCCUGGUGGCUCCAUUUCUUUUACUACUUCCAAAUACAGCUACAAGCUAGACUUUUCAGUAAUGAAGCAAAUGAAUCUGACGACUGGAAAACAGCGCUCAAUAAAAAGAGCCCCCUUUUCAAUCACUGCAUUCAGUUAUAUCUGUGAAAAUGAGGCUAUUCCUGUGCCAUCCCAUUGGGAGAAUGUGAAUACUGAAGAGCCAUAUCAGCUUAUUCCUUUGCACAAGCAAACAAAUGAAUAUAAUGAAGUUGCUAGUCUCUUUGGGAAAACAGUGGAUAGCAACCGAAUUAAAAGAAUUCAGAGAAUUCAAAACCUAGACUUGUGGGAGUUUUUUUGCAGGAAGAAGGCACAGCUCAAGAAGAAGAGGGGUGUGCCUAAGAUUAAUGAACAAAUGUUAUUUCAUGGUACCAGCAGUGAAUUUGUAGAAGCAAUUUGUAUUCAUAACUUUGAUUGGAGGAUAAAUGGUAUCCAUGCUGCAGUUUUUGGAAAAGGGACCUAUUUUGCCAGAGAUGCUGCAUACUCCAGUCGCUUCUGCAAAGACGACAUGAAGCACGGGACUACUUUCCAAAUUCAUGGUGUCAGCUUGCAGCAGCGACAUUUAUUUAGAACAUAUAAAUCUAUGUUUCUUGCUCGAGUCUUAAUUGGAGAUUACAUAAAUGGAGACUCCAAAUACAUGCGGCCUCCUUCCAAAGAUGGGAGCUUUGUGAAUUUAUAUGACAGCUGUGUAGAUAAUACCUGGAAUCCAAAGAUCUUUGUGGUUUUUGACGCCAAUCAGAUCUAUCCUGAGUAUUUAAUAGAGUUUCAUUGAUCUUUCGUCUAUUUAGUAAUUAUGGAUGGUUUUUGCCUCUUUGCAAAAGGAAUUGAUACAUCUGU